AUGGUUGUUUUAGCUGCUUCAAUUACCACACGUAAUGGUAAACCAUUACUAUCUCGACAAUUCACUGAUGUUACAAAAGAUCGUGUUAUGGAAUUGCUAUCAAAUUUUCAAGGUUUGGUUGCUAAAGGUUCUUCAGAGCAUACCUAUGUUGAAGAUGAGCAUGUCCGUUAUUUAUAUAAGCCAUUCGAUGAUUAUUAUCUAAUUAUCAUUACUAAUCGUCAAUCAAAUAUCAUUCAAGAUUUGUCGACAUUAAGUCUUUUCUCUCAAACUAUGAACACAUACUUGGCUAGUUUCGACGAAACUGAUAUUUUUGAAAAUGCCUUUGAAAUUUUAAGCUCCUUUGACGAAAUUAUUGUUAUGGGCUAUAAGGAGAAUUUAACAAUGGCUCAAGUUGAAACUUAUUUGACAAUGGAAUCUCAUGAAGAGAGAAUUCAAGAAAUUAUCGAGCGGAAUAAAGAGUCAGAAGCUACUGCUGAAAGAAAGCGUCGUGCUAAAGAAAUUGCUAAAAGAGAGCAUGACAGAAAAAUGGGUGUUCCAAACUUAGAUUCAUAUGCAGCAGAUUCUGCCAGAUUUCAUGGUGCUAAUGAUCCAAACAUGGCUAAUGCCUACAAUUCUUAUUAUAGUCAUGCCUCCAAAGCUGCUCAACAAUCCUAUUUGCAAUCUCAACAUAAUUCUAUCAGUCAACCUCAACCAUCAAGUAUGUCAGGUAUUAAUGAUAUGAUGGCCAGCUCUAAUGGAGGUGGUAUGAAAUUAUCUGCCGGUAAACCAAGAAUUGGUAAUACUUCUAUCAGUAAUAUUUCUUCAAGUGCCCGCCAUGUUAGCACCACUAGAAUAGAUGAUGAACCAAAGCCAGAAAAUAACGGUAUAUUGAUUUGUAUUAAGGAAACAGCAAGCGCACAAAUUACAAGAGAUGGUACUAUUACAGCAUCAGAAUUGAAAGGUGUUCUCGAAUAUCGUGUCAACAAAACUGAACUAGCUCAUUCUAAAAUUAUUCUAGAUAAAUCAAUUGAUCCAAAGGAUAGAAAUUUGCAUUUCAAAACACAUCCAAAUAUUGAUAAAAACUUAUUUAAUUCAUCCAAUAUAUUGGGCCUAAAGAAUAAGGAUAAAGCAUUUCCAUCAAAUGACCAUAGUUUAGGUGUUUUGAGAUGGCGUAAAGUUUGUGGAGCUGAUGAUAAAAGCAUAUUACCAUUGGAAGUCACUACAUGGGUUUCUGCCUCAGAAGAUACGGAUGGUUUAUUUGAAGUUACCAUGGAAUAUGAAAUUAAUGAAAAUUUCAAUAAAGAAUUGAACGAUAUUAAAUUCCAAAUUCCUCUAUAUACAGAAAAUAUCUCAAUUAAUGCUGAUAAUAAUGAUAGCAAUGCUUCUAUUGAAAGAAUUGAUGACGAAGAAGGUAUUGUUAUUAAAGUAGAUGAUUUAAGUCCUGGAACAUCCGGUGUCUUUGGUUUCUCUAUUGAAAGUGGUAUAGAAGAUUCAUUGUUCCCAAUCAAUGUUAAUUUCAAACAUACUUCUCAAGGUAAUGAUUCAGUAACUGGUGUGUCUGUGGAAAGUGUGUCAAAUAGUCAAGAAGAAGGCGUAGACUUACCAUUUGAUGUUAUUACAACUUUAAGAGGUGAAGAAUACUCUAUUUUAUAG